ACAGCUACACGUUUCAAUCGCUUUCUAUGAGCGACACGAGACAGCAGGCGGUGGCUUCUCUAUAUUUUUGUCUGCAUCAGAUUUCAAUCUCAAAAUUAUCUGCAUCGGAGCUUUUCUAGGGCUCCAUCUCCUCUCACCGAAGAUCGAAGCCAUGCCGAAAGGGGUUCCUUGCAAGUUUUUUGCACAGGGGGGCUGUCUAAAAGGGGAGCACUGUGAGUUUUUGCAUGAAUUGAGAACACCUCCAAAUAAUAUUUGCACCUAUUACCAAAAAGGAAUUUGUGCUUUUGGAAGCAGGUGCAGAUAUGAACAUGUUAAAACUUCACAAUUGCAGUCUUCUGCCUCAUCUUUUUCGGGGCAUAGAAAACCAAAUUGGAAUCAGAAGUUGGGACCUCAAGAUUCAUUACAGAGUGAUGGCAUAGCUGAGGCGAAGAUUCAUAAUCCAGCUGAUCAAUCAAUCUGCUCAUUUGCUGCUGCUGGUAAUUGUCUGCGUGGGGAAAAAUGUUCUCAAAUACAUGGGGAUUUAUGUCCCACUUGUGGGAAACAGUGCUUGCAUCCUUUUAAGCCUCAGGAUAGAGAGGAGCAUCUAAAAGCAUGCAAAAAAAGGCAAUGGCACCUGGAAAUACUAAAACAUAGUCAAGAAAUAGAGUGUAGUGUGUGCCUCGAGCGUGUUCUAUCCAAGCCAACAGAAGCUGAACGCAAAUUUGGAAUCUUAUCAGAGUGUGACCAUCCAUUUUGCAUAGUGUGCAUAAGGAAUUGGCGUAGUAGCUCUCCAUCAUCUGGGUUGGAUGUAAAUUCUGCAUUAAGGGCAUGCCCCAUAUGUCGAAAACGAUCUUAUUUUGUCAUUCCUAGUGUGAUUUGGUACAACACAAAAGAAGAAAAGCAAGAAAUUAUUGAUAGCUACAAAGCAAAACUCAGGACUAUCGAUUGCAAACACUUUGACUUCGGGAAUGGGACUUGCCCAUUUGGGACUAGUUGUUUCUACAAGCAUACUGUCAAGCCUGGAUCAAUGAUGUGGAAUCGUGCUCUGAUGCCCGAUACAUUUGGCUCAAGGUAUCCAGACAUGGAUGAAGUAGGACCCAGCUCUGAUACAGAUGUUGAUGGCUUAGCAAAUUUGUUUGAGCACCUGUACAUGCCACAUAGACCAGGAGGACUUCAGGAGCAAGAGGAUUCUAGUGAUGAAGAAUUAUAUGAAUUUGCCGAGGCCAUGUCUUUUCUGCUAUUGCUGCAUGGUUCUGAUACUAGUGACUUUUCAAGUGAUGAGGAAUAACAAUAUAAUAUCCUUGAGAUUGAUGUAUACACACAUCCCUUGAGAUUUAUAAGAAUGGUUACGUCUCUUGAUGUGUCUCUGACUCUCUGUAUGGAUUUAUGUGUUACUAGUCCUGUAAACUAAUUGUGGCAGACUGGUUUUUGAUGAAAUUUAGUCACGAAAACAAUUAUUAUGGCAUAAUAUGUGAUGUAUAUCUUGGUAUUUCUUCAACUGGUAACUUACAGAGGUUACAUCAUUAGGGCAUCCAAUUGUGGAUAUCUAAAUAUGAUUUUUUCUCUGACUAAUCGAGCAGGAAUACAUGUGUUCUCUAAAAAA